UUACAUUGACCUAACUAUGGAUUCAUCCCCAUUUAAUUUACAUGAGAAAUGGAAAGAGGACGGGAUCAAAGAAGGAUUAAAAAGAUCCUCUAUCGACUUGCUUGUUUCGUGUGGAUAUGAAAGUGUCGAUGCAAUUUCCACAUUAACAGAGAGAGAUAUUCAAGACCUGGACUUGCCCAUGGCACAGAAAACAAUCUUAAGAAGAUGGGUUAUUAAAAUAUUGCGAUUGCAUGAUGAAAGCGAAGCGCUAGUGAAUGCAUUCCCCGGAAGUAUCAAUAGAAAUCUGAGUGAACGGGUUGACAACAGUCAUAACAAAAUUAAUACAGUUGAUAAACUUGAUCUACAGAUCGGAAAUUCACUAACAGGAGAUUCCUUUUCAGUAUCAUCAUCUUCUGAAGAAAACAGCGAUGAUAUGGAAGAAGAAACGGAGCUUAAGACUAGAAAUCCUAUUACAGGAGCAAUUCCACCGGUCAUACAGAGUUUGGUAAACAAAGAAUUCUCUCCAACACACAAAGAGAACACAGAUGAAGUUAUACCAACCGUUUCAACAAAAGGCCCAGAUGGUAGCUCAAUAAUCAUGAAGAAACGGACGAAUGUUAGAAACACAUCCAACUGUGUCAUCGCCGAUAAACUUCACGUUGUAAAAAAUGAAUUUGUACUCAAAGGAGAGACAAAAGAAAACCCUACACUGGAAAAGAAAUUAAAAGAAACGACAAAACUUAUCAUUAAAGAAAAAGAAAUAUCCAUGACGACUUAUGCCUUCACAUUAGCGCUACAGAUACUAGAGGAUUUGAACUUUGUCAUGCUAUCUGGAAGACCUGGAGAUGGAAAAACUUGUAUUGGUCGAAAAUUGUUAGCUUUCAAGGCUGCAGAAGGCUUUGCGACCUACUGUAUAAGCUCAGUCAAAAAUCUUCAAAACAUUCUUAACGUUGCAAAACGCCAAAUAUUUUUUAUGGACGACGUAUUUGGCACAACGACGUAUGAUAAAUGCAGUGUUAAUGAAUGGUUUCACUAUUUUGAAAACUUGCGGCGUACAAUAGAUGAAAAUAAAGGAAAAACAUUACUCAUCUUUGCAUCGAGAAAUUAUAUACUUCGAGACAUUUUGCACCUACCUGACAAAGGAUCAUUCUUCAAAGCAUUUGCUAUUGUGGAUUUAUCACAAGAUCAAUGUUUAUCUUUUAAAGAGAAAAAAAGAAUGGCACAAAUGUAUAACGAUGAAUUUAACCUAAAUUUGUCAGAAGAUGAAAUUGAUUCCAUAUGCUCAAUUGACACAUCAUAUGGAUUUCCUUACGCCCUAAAUCUUUUUAGUAAAUCUUCAAAACUCCGCCAACUAGGAUUAAAAUUCUUUGAAAAUCCAAGAGAAAAACUUUUAUCAGAAAUAUCGGGGUUUGCUCAUGACGAUAAAGUCAAAUAUUGCACAUUUGUAAUGACAGCAAUGAUGGGAAAAGUCAGUAUUUCUACAUUGGACGAUAGCUGUGAAAAGUCAAAGAAACAACAGCUCAUAUUAAGGGUAUCUGGAUUAUGUGACAAUACCCCCUUCAAAGACAUAAUCAAAACAUUCAUAAAACUGAGAGGUAUAUAUUUCCAAUCUGAUGACGGUGAUGUGUUCUCCUUCUCUCAUGAAACGUACAAAGAAGCCACAAUGGCUAGCAUCGCGGAAACGCAUCUAAAACUUGUUUUAGAACAAUUUGAUUUCGAUUAUAUUUUGUCAUCAACAGCUACGACAAGUUCUGAACAAGACGAUGCUUAUUUCAUGCAAAUCAUUCCAAAGUGUUAUUUCAAUGCCUUAGCCCAAAGAUUGAUUGAUGAAUAUGAAGAUAAAAAAUACAAAUUAACCAUUAUUAUGAAACAUCGGUGCUGGGAUGAUCUCUGUUUUAUAACAGAAUUUGAUCGUUUUAUUUCAAACAAUCCAAGUAUUUUUCAAAACAUGAUUGGAUUCAUGCAGUCAGUUGGUCCUUUAGAUAAAACAGCUAUUUUCUGGGCUAUUUGGUGUAGAAAAGAAAAACUUGUCUCGUAUACCCUGGGUGAAUGUGCAUCACAAGCCGCCGCAGGUGAUAUAUCGUCUUUGCAAAUAGACACUUCUGAUGGCUUAAUUGCUGCAUCAUAUAGAGGUUUGAAUAUAGAGUGCUUGGAGCUUUUGAUAAAAUUUGGAGGUGAUAUCAAUGCAGAAAGUAGUUUCCAAACAUUUGGAGAGGAUGAUUAUGAGGAAUUUGAAAAGGAAUUUUGGUUCUUUGAAUGGUUGUUUGAUGAAUAUUUUGGUCACGAAAUUCUAGUUAGAAAGAUGACCCCUGUCAUGGCCUCUAUUUAUGGCAAUCAACCAAAGGUUUUGCAGUUCUUACUUCAAAAAGGGGCUAGGUUAGGAUUUAUUGAAGACAAUGGCAUGUCCAUGGUGCAUUUAGCUGUUAUCCAAAAUAACGCACGCCUUUUGAAAAUUUUAUUAGAACACCCUUUGAUCGAAUUUCGUGUCCGGGACAAUAAAGGUUACACGCCUUUUCAUUAUGCAAAGUCACUCGACAUAAUAAAAAUAUUGCAUGAAUAUCAUCCACACAUUUUACAAUUGCGAUGCAUAUUAGGUGGAUUGACUCCGUUGCAUUUAUGGACUCGAAAAAUAUUCAAUGAUAGUAUACUUAAUAAAGAAAUUUGCAAAUGGGUAUGCUUGAAAGCCCCUCAACUUUUGAACUGUAGGAAUGAGAAUGGCCUGAGUGUUCUUCACACUCUCGUAAAAUCUGAUCAAGAGGACAAUGAAGUUGCAGAAAUGAUAGAACUUUUCAUCACAUAUGGAGCAAAAGUGAAUGUUUCAACCACCAGAGGUAGAAAUCCAUUACAUUCAGCUGCAAGAUCCUCUAAAAUUCGAUUUCAAACCGCUCAUAUUCUUGUAAAAUAUGGGAUUCAAAUUAAUGCAAGGGAUAUGGACGGUCGCUCUGCUCUUUUUUAUGCGGUUUUCAUGGGAAAUAAAGUUUUCGAUGUGUUGGUGAAAAUUAAAGCGGAUCCAAAUAUCAAAGACACUUAUAAAUUACCAAUCUUACAUAAUAUGCUUAAAGAUACAACUUGUAGUCUUUUUCAGAGACGGAGUUUCCAAUUCCGCCAUCAGUAUGGACUCAAUUUUAAAAGAAUAGAGAAACUCAUUGAGAUUGGGCUAGACAUUAACAUAAAAGAUGAGAAAACUGAUGGAACAAUUUUGCACCUUCUCUUAUCCGUUAAAAGCUCAUUACCAAAAUUAGAAGAAAUAGAAAACCUUUUAAAAUUAGGAGCUGAUCCAAACAUGAAAAAUAAAGAUGGUAUUACCCCGACUAUGUUAGCUGCCAAUUUCGGUAUUCCAUUUAUUCAGCUUUUAAUUGGAUAUAAGGGAAAUGCUUCUUUGUCGGAUUGUGAAGGUUUUACUAUCGCUCUCAUGGUUCUCUCGAAAAGUACCGAAGACGAAGCAUUGUCAAUUUUGAUGUACUUGCAGGAAAUAAACGUUUCUCUCGAAGUGCCAGAUACUUCCGGGAAAAUACCUCUGGACAUAGCAAUUGAGAGACAAUUUAGAAGCAUCAUUCGGUAUCUCUUGCAGGAUAAGAAUAUUCUUAAUACACACCCGAAGCUUCUGGUAAAUGCAUUUGCAAAUAGACUUUGUGAUCCUCAGUUCAUGUUUGAUAUAAUUCAUGAAUUGAAUAUAACUGAAGACGUGUGGAAAAUUAAAACUGAAGACGGAAAAACACUUUUAAUGUUAAUAUCGGAAAACUGUCCAACACAAAAUCUGUUCUCUUUGGCAUUAUCAAAAGGAUUACGUCUGGAAGAAUUUGACAUGGAAAACAGAAAUGUUUGCAGUUAUUUAGUUUCUGCGAAUCUGAAGGAGGAUGAACAUAUUCUAAGAAUCAAAAGUAUACUAGAUAUAUGUAAGCCAAAAAUGCUAUCUUUUUUAAAUGAUAAAAACGCUAUAAGGACAACUUUCAGAAAUAAAAAGUACAACCUUCUGAAUUACUUGAUAAGUAUUGCAACCCCACUAACAAGAAGGUCUUUAAAAGAUUUGAUACCUGAUAUGGUUCAUUCAGACAUGACAGGUGAAAUAUUCAUCGAAAUUUUGGAAAAGUUAUCAUGUCAACUGAAUGUCAAAAAUUUCACAGAUGCAUUCGUUGAGGCAGUAAAAAAACCAAGAGAGGGAAAUGUGUUAUCUUUCUUGAUAAGUAAGGGAUCACGUGUUAAACUGUUUUCUGAAGGAGAAAGUGUGAGUUACGUUUUUGAACUUAUUGGCUCAAAAUGCCCUGAUUCAGAAUUGGAAACAGUAUUCAAAUUUUUAAUGAAUGAUCGUACCCUUUUAACAAUAACAGAUAAAAAUGGAUUAAAUUGCUUGCAAACAGCAAUAUUAUAUACAGCAACGGAAAAGUCGAAAGCAAAUAGAAUCAAUGUGAUAAUGUAUUUGAUCCGUAAAGGGAUUAAUGUAGAUCACCGUUCUAAAUCGGGAGAUACUGCCCUUCAUUAUUGCAUUUCGUCAAAUAGACCUUUUAAAGAAAAGCAAAAAAUUUUACAAUUCCUAAUUCUGAGACAUGCUAAUGUUGAUGCUAAAAAUGCUCAAGGCGAAACAGCUUUGACAAUUGCUUUAAAAACAACAGGAAAAAUAAUGUGCUCUACUGAAUCACUAGAUAUGCUUAUCAACGCUUAUCAACCAUUACUAAGGGAUUAUAUUUUCACCACAUAUUUGAAAGAAUAUAUUUUAAACUACAUGACCUUUCUUAGCCCAUCAGAUGAACAAAAGCAGACAUUGCACUUUCUAUGUAUAUUACUGCUACAAUUAAGAAAAAGCGACCUUUUUGAGCCAUUGAAAAUAGCAGUAUUAAAAACCUCACUUGCACUUACAAAAUUAUGUGUAAAACUCGGGGCAAAUGUAAAUGAGAAGGACUCUGAAGGUAAUACUCCUCUACAUAUUCUCUUUUCAUCCCAUACAAUUCAAGAAGAAAGAGAUAGAAUGUGGAUGUUUAUUUUAAAAUGUUACCCGACCCUAAAAGACUAUGAAUUUGCAUAUGAGAAUGCAUUUUAUCACCGCAGAGGACUUCUACAGUUGGAAUUUUUACUUACAUCAGGAGCAAAUCCGAACGUUGUAAACAAUGAUGGUAAUAGUCCCUUGCAUUUAUGCGCAAAGUCAAAUUUUUUGGCAACAUUUACUUACAAUGCAAUGCGUAUGCUUUUGAAAAAUUGUUCAAAUAUUAACAUGAGAAACAAAGAAAAUUUGACACCACUACUUUUGGCUAUUCAGAAUUAUGGAAAUAAGGACCGUUUUAUGAGGAUAGAAGGGCUACUACGAAAUAAAGACAUUAAAUUAUUCGAAAAUAAAUACACAAUUCAUACCUAUCUUCAAGCUGCCAAAAUUGGAAUAAAAGAAUUAGUCAGAAAUGAUCAAAGCGCAAAAAAUCCAAUAGGCCCAAAUCCUGUGACAGAAAUGUUUGACUUUUUCAGAAGAUGGAACGAUAACGAUGAGCAUGAGUCUGACUAAUGAAAGAAAUGUAGUUAUUAUAAACAGAGUCUGAGUCGUUCGUCUUGAUUUAUAGUGCUUCGAAAAUAUUGAAGACGAUUUUUAUUUUUUGUACAAUUAGUCUAAGAAAAUACUUUGUUAAUGUUUUUAUUAAAAUAAUCCGUAACCAUUCUAUACAUUUCGAAGGCAUUUAUUUUCAGGAACUCUCAGCUAUAUAAUAUCAGCGUCAUUGAUAAAAAGACGGUCAUCUCGACACUAGAUAAAAUGAUUUUUUUCACUGCUGGCAGAAAUAUUACAAAAAGUAUCAUAGUUUUUUGACAAUUAAUUACAUGCUAAUUGCGUGUAGAAGUAUUCCAUUAACCCGCAAUUAGUUAGGGAACAGAUGUAGAUAUACACACUUUUUUUUACACUUAGGAAAUGUACAAGUUCCAGUAAUUAAUGUUUUCUAUUUACAUGUACAUAUUAUAAAGCAUAUUUAUUUUGAUAUCUGGUGUUAUAAGUAUGUUAUAA